AUGAAAUUUUCAUUCUUAAAACAUAAUCUAUAGAGUCUGUUGAAUCACUCUGAAUAAUUGGAUUCACCCACUUCUAUUAUUAAGAAAUUUGGUCCAUUCCUAAUGUCAAGCUUAUUCAAUUAGUAAUUAGAGGAGAGUAAACAAGUGAUUAAAUAUAUGGAACAAAAUAUUGACUAAGCAUAAUUUAUAAGAAAUUUCUCUUAUGAGCCUGGUAUUAAAAAUUGGAGAAUAAAUUUGAAAAAAUCAUUAGAAGGAUUAGCAUGUUCUUUGAUCGUUGGCAAUCCUAAUCUUAUUAAUAAGCAUUAUGUUGAAUGUUUAUAUGAAAGCCAAAUUCCAAUUUAUGAUGCAAUCCCAUUAGCAUACACACUAGUCAUACAACAAAUAAAGAAAUGGCCUUUGGUAGAAGAAAAGGAAGUUUUAUCAAGAUUAAACUAUUUUUUGCAAACCUAAAAAUAAGAAUUUCAAAAAAUAGGUCCACACAUAUUUUAAAUGAAAUUGUUGCUGUCAGAUUUAGGGAUAUAUUAUCCUGAUGUAGCAAAUUUCUUAAAAGGUAAAGUUUUUAACUCGGAUUUGCCAUUAGAUUAUUUUGCCUCAGAUUUGAGAAUUCAAUAUUAAGACUUUUUUUUUGAGGAUGGGAAUUUAAUCGAUCUGAAAAUUGGAGAUUAAGUGUAUCUAUUUCUCUAAUCUGAAGAUUUCGAGAAUCAAACUAUGAGGACUUUUCUUUAAAGAUAUGUUAGGAUUAAACGAAUAUCUGAAUUAUACCCUAAUCUACAUGUGGUUUGGAUACAUAAUGACUUGAAGAAAGAUUAAUUAUAUAAAGUAAUUGGUGUUUGAGUU